AUCAACCUCAACAACCUGCUCUUGAGUACGAUCCAGUUCUAUGCCAGAAAGCUAACUGUAAAGCAAUACUCAACCCACUUUGGAGUAGAAAAGAUUUGUCAGUCGUACUCAUGACCAAUAAGAACUGUUGCAGUUUCGUGGAUUUCCGAGCGAAAACUUGGGUUUGCCCGUUUUGCAAUCAAAGAAAUCCCUUCCCUGCUCAUUAUGCGGCAAUAGCUGAGGAUAACCGUCCACCGGAGUUGUAUCCUCAGUUUACAACUAUUGAGUACACGCUUAAGGUGGGUGAUUUUCUUUCAUUUCAUUUGAAUAAUUUUAUUUUUCCCUUUGUCGCGUCGUAUUCAAUCAAGGAUUUAUGGAGUCUUGUCGAGCCAAGAAGCGAUACCAAUCAAGUUCAACCCGACAGUUGGAAUCAGCGAGUGUGCCAAAUACCCCUCCCCCUCCAUGCCCGCUAUCGCUAG